GUUCAUUAACGUGUUUACCAUUUGUUAUACAGUUGUUGCCUGUUCAGGUGGAUUUUUCCCCAAUUGUACGUAGUAAAGUAUCAGUUCCCACAACGUUAUGAACGCAGCUCUAAUGUCUAAAGUAGUCCGAAGGGGAGGCACAAGGAAAAGAAAAAAAAAACAACCCUUUCACAUGUAGCCUAUCACUGAAAGACUAUUGGUUCAUUUUCCCUCUGCUGCUACAAGCUCAACACACGUGACCAUCCUGUUUUUAGACAGUUUAACGCUUGCAUUUAAAAGACAAGACUUUUACAUUUGGUGCCUACAUCAGCACGCCUUACACACUUUUAAUGUCAUCUUGACAAAACCACUGCUCGCCGCUUCGAAUCGCUGGAAGCGGACCAUGGCGGCUGCCAUGAGAAGCAAUACAUCCACAACCACGCUUCAAAUUAAGCAUUCCAGUAUCGAGCAUACGCGGAAACGUAUUGACCCUCGUAGGAGACAAGCUGCUCUCUCUUUUCUCAGUAACAUAUCUUUGGAUGGUCGACCUGUGCAGGAUGAUGCCAACAAUCAGAUCGAAGAGGAUAAUUCCGUUGAGGCCAGGACUAGACAGAGCCUGGUUUCUGCAUCAGAGCGUCCCUUGUACGCGGCUGGCAUUGGCGCUGGAGCCGCGACCCCCACUGCCGCCCAGGCGCUUGCUAUUGCAAACCAGGCUCUGAUUGCUAACGCCCGUUUUGGGAUCGGACCGGCCGCUGCAGCUCCAGUAUGUACAGAUCCGGAAGGGGAUGCUUUCGGCCCGUCGAUUUUCAGUUCGCCCUUCUCUGCAGUACCAGCUGCGACUAGAGGCAGGCUUCAGACCUACACUCAGGGAGUUUUGCCUGCUGCAUUUUCCAGACAGGCUUCCCAGGGCUGCUGUCUGGAGGGAGGACAAAUAGCCAACUCCGUACUGGACCUGCAAAGAUCAAGACGGAGGCUCAUUUCUCAGCGCUCCUCGUUGGAGACACUGGAAGACAUCGAGGAGAACGCCCCACUACGCAGAUGCAGAACCCUCUCAGGUUCACCCCGACCAAAGAGCUUCAAGAAGGUCCACUUCAUCAAGAACAUGAGGCAGCAUGAUAUGCGCAACGGAAGGGUAGUCCUAAUCAGUGGCAGAAGAUCCUUGUAUAGUGUAUUUUCUGUCCUGCCCUAUCGAGAUUGUAGCCAAGCAGGGGAUGUGAAGCUGGAAAGCGGGCGUCAAAGACACCCUUCAGGCGGGGUCAGUGCCAAGGAGAUGGUUAUCGGGCUGGAAGGGGUGGAGCUGGGUGCCGACGGGAAGACGGUGUCGUACACCCAGUUCUUGUACCCCACCAACGCCCUGAGUAACGGCCGCAGGAACACCAUCGACUCCACGUCAUCCUUUUCUCAGUUUCGUAACACCAGCCAUCGCAGCCUCAGCCUGGGUCGGGCCAACAGCAACCAGAGCAGCAUGGACACAGGGAAUGAUCCCGGGGACUUGUUCCGGGACUAUGACCCCAAUCUGUUGGAUGAUCCCCAGUGGCCGUGUGGGAAACAUAAGAGAGUACUGAUCUUCCCCUCAUAUAUGACUACGGUCAUAGAAUAUGUUAAGCCUUCUGACCUGAAGAAGGACAUGAAUGAGACAUUCAAAGAGAAAUUCCCUCACAUACGGCUGACCCUCAGCAAAGUCAGAAGUCUGAAGAGAGAGAUCCGGAAGUUGGCCCAGGAGGAGUGUGGCUUUGAGGAACCCACUGUAGCCAUGGCAUUUGUCUACUUUGAGAAGCUGGUCCUCCAGGGUAAACUCAACAAGCAGAACCGCAAACUUUGUGCAGGCGCCUGUGUCCUGCUUGCCGCCAAGAUCGGGGGAGACCUGAAGAAGCACGAGGUCAAGCAGCUCAUAGACAAACUGGAGGAGAGGUUUCGUGUUAAUAGGAGGGAGUUGAUAGCCUUUGAGUUCCCAGUGUUGGUCGCCCUGGAGUUCAACCUGCAUCUGCCCGAGCAUGAGGUCAUGCCCCACUACAGACGUCUCAUGCAGACCUCCUAGCGUUGGUGACCUGUCAGGAGGUGCACCCACACCACGCCCUCCUGAUCUAGGACCAGGAGACCAACUUAAUGGACUCCCCAUCUCACCUGGCACCACCUCACUGCAGCGUACCAUGACCAGAUCUACUCCCUGCAGCCUGGAGGUCUAUCGUGUGUUGAAGUUUCAAAUACACUAGACGACAGGCCGCAUUCAUUAUGUACAUUUUUCAGAUCAAAACUUGAAUGCAGCCAAAGUGACACAUUUCACUUUGUAUUUCACAUUACAUUCUUACUUCACCAUUGUUCUCAGACUUUGACUACUUCAUUCUUCAACACUUCAACACAAACAAAAGUUAAUAAAGGGAGUAUCCGUUCCACUGAAUUUUUUAAAACCCUCUCCUUUUACAUUUUUUGGGGAGGUUUUAUGUAAUCUUUGGUCUAAGGCAUGCAAAUGAAUGCCUCAGAAGAUUUUUUGUAAUUUUUUUUUUGAUUUCUUUCAUUCUUUGUUUUUUGUUAACCAAUCCCUAUCAGCAUUACCCUUUUAUAAACUCAGCUUUUUGACUGCAAAUUACUCAGUUAUUGUACUUAAUGCAGUAUAUUAUUCUGUACAUUUAAGUACUUUUUUCUACCUAACUAGUGCUUGCUUUGGACAUUCAGUGACUGGGCCCUCUUUUUUUCAGUAGCCUCCUUUACACCUUGCGCUAACAUGCGAGUCUCGUGAUAAUCAAUAUGAUUCAAAAACUAUCUGAUCAAGGUUUGUCACAUCUCUAGAUCGUAUUAAAAGGAUUUUCAUACAUCUAAUGUGUCGACGUACUGACCAGAUUAACUGGUGCCUGCCUGUAUGCUAAUUUCUUUGACUGAUAUUCUUUUAAAACAGUAUUUAUUUUCUGAGCACUGCUGAUGCCAUAAGUCAAUUGGGCUCAGUAUAAAUGGUUUUAAAAAGUGUGACCAUCCAGAUCAGCUUACACAUGAUGGAUAUCCAUAUACAUUGCAUGUCUCCCAAGAUAGUGAUCUCAGUCAGAUUACAUUAUAUCAGAUUACAUUAUUUAGAUUGUCGGCACCAUUCUGUUUUAAAGUGUGCAAUUACAAUGUUGACAAGAUCAGGACAAAUAGGUAUAAAUGGGCCUAUGGUGUAGUCUCCUGUGCUCUAUGUUAGAGAAUAUUACUGGCACGUUUCUAGUGCUAAACUGGAGUUGUUGCAAAGGUAUUGGAAGCAUGAUGAUGCCACUGAUACACAUCUGAUAUUGAUUAGCAUCAUCAUUAUUUUCUGUCAAUACCAGACCAAGUGUUUGAAAUGGCAGGUGAUCAUAUCUGUCAUAGUCACAAUAUGAUUGUGCUUUAUAUCUUUUGACUAAUGGUUUCAAAGGUCACUUUUGGAAUGUUAUGGUAUGCUAAUGCUAUUGUUGUGACAUCUUAGCCGAGUUUUCUUGAAAAACAUAAGUAUUGUUUAUUUUAUCAUGUUCUGUAUUUUUUUUUUCUUCACUGACUCACAAAAAACAAUUUUAAGGAUGUUAAAUCCUUUUUUCAUUCUCCUCAGACAGCCUCACCCUCAGGGCUAGAGGUUUUUAAAUUACCCAUUUAAAAAAUGUGGGUAGCGGUGUUAACCCUAAUGUUGGCUGUAUAUUCUCAAUCUGAAGUUAACCAUAAAGAUUUUGAUGCACCAAUAUAGAUUGAUACUGAACUAUGGCAAUCAGAAACACAUUAAAGUUGGCACAAAUAUCUAAAUUGACAUAUAAUAUAUAUGUCAAUUUAGACAUAUCUAAAUUGACAAUAUUUUGAGAUUUAAUUGAUGAAUUUACAGUAGCCUAUGUAUGCCUUCUGCAUACAACACAUUGAUUAAUGUAGUGGUGCAUUAGUGUUUGGAAAAGUUGUAUUUGACUUUAAACUGAUGGCUAUGAUUAAUAAAAUUACUGUGGAAGAUAAUUUCUGAAAAGCUGUUUCUAUUUACAAGCCCAAAGAUUUUGCUGAAGAAAAGUUAUACGCAUGGCCAGAAAGCUGAUGGUCAACAACAUCCAAAUGCACUUAUGUUUGUAAAUAUCCUGCUUUGCUUGUUCAAUAAAAACAAGAUUCCUCAAAUAUGG